AUGUGGUCGAACCGUUCGAUGCUGGCGCUUAUGUUGGGCUUACUGUUGUUGUCGCCGGUGUACCAUCGUGUCGUCGUCGUCGCCGCCAGUGGGCGGCUGAACGAUGAGUUUGUUUGGGGAUUUUACGACGACAGCACCCAGCGCGUCUGCCACUCGCAGUCCGUCAUCGUCCCGCCGACCUGGGAGGCAUUUUUCGCGCUCUUUCGUCCGGUCACACGGCUGGUUACCUUCACGCCGCCAGGUGCGGGCCAGUCGGUGCGCUACAUCCGUGUCUGGACCGAUGCGCCGUGGUACCGGUUUCGUGCCGAGCUGGUGCUCGGUGGCGUCGGCACGAAGGCACCCAUCACGACGGCGAUCCAGCUGAGCCGCCACUGGAUGCUGUUUGCGAAUGUCGUGAUUUACUGCUCGACUUCCUAG